CGCCGCCGGCCAGAGCCGCCCCGGUCGCCGCGGACUCCACAUUCCAACGUCGCUGUGCUGCCGGUCGAAGAACCAGUGCCGUGACUGAGUGACCGUCUUCUACCCGUGCGACAUUAAAUAAACUACCAACAUGUCUGACGAAGAAGAAUACUCUGGCUCCGAGGAGGAGGAAGUAGAAGAAGAAGUCCAAGAGACACCCGCUCCUAAACCAGAGAGUAGACCAUCGAUCGCGGGUGAGGGAGACCCAGAAUUCAUCAAGCGUCAAGACCAGAAGCGGUCGGACUUGGACGAGCAGUUGAAGGAUUACAUCAACGAAUGGCGCAAACAACGGGCCAAGGAGGAAGAUGAGCUCAAACGCCUCAAGGAGAAGCAGGCCAAGCGCAAGGUAUCUCGCGCUGAAGAAGAGAAGCGCCUCGCCCAGAAGAAGAAGGAGGAGGAAGAAAGGAGAGUUCGCGAGAUUGAGGAGAAGAAACAGCGCGACAUCGAGGAGAAGAGGCAGCGACUCGAGGAGGCCGAGAAGAAGCGCCAGGCUAUGCUCCAGGCCAUGAAAGAAUCCAGCAAGACCGGACCCAACUUCACCAUCCAGAAGAAGAGCGAUAACUUCGGCCUUAGCAACGCUCAACUGGAACGCAACAAGACCAAGGAGCAGCUCGAGGAAGAAAAGAAGAUCUCUCUGUCCAUCCGCAUCAAGCCCCUGAACAUUGAGAACCUUUCCGUAGACAAGCUCCGACAGAAAGCCACUGAACUCUGGGAAUGCAUCGUCAAACUCGAGACCGAGAAAUACGAUCUUGAGGAGAGGCAAAAGAGGCAGGACUAUGACUUAAAAGAGCUCAAAGAAAGACAGAAGCAACAGUUGAGGCACAAGGCCCUCAAGAAGGGUCUCGACCCCGAAGCACUCACAGGCAAGCACCCGCCCAAAAUCCAAGUAGCAUCCAAGUACGAGCGACGUGUCGACACAAGGUCCUAUGACGACAAAAAGAAGUUGUUCGAGGGUGACCUUGAGAAACUGAACAAGGACUUCCUCGAGAAGGUGUGGCAAGAGAGGGCCGAUCAAUUCGGCGGCAGGCAGAAGACGAGACUGCCUAAGUGGUUCGGUGAGAGGCCCGGCAAGAAGAAGGGCGACACCGUCCCCGAGGGUGAGGAGGAAGUGAAGGCCGAGCUCGAGGAGGACGACGAGCCCGUGUACGAGCCCGAGCCCGAGGAGGAGGAGGUCGUUGAGGAAGAGGAGGAGGAAGAGGAAGAGGAGGAAGAAGAGGAGGAGGAGGAGGAAGAAGAGGAGGAAGAGGAAUAAACGUACGCAGCACGACUUGAUCAGAGAAGCUAUUCGCCGACACGGACCCGCGAGUCGGCUGUACUGUUUUGUAACCAAUCCAUUAACUUAUUACUAUUAUAAAUUAUUUUUAUUAUUUAUACUGUUGAAUCAUUCGUUACGGAACAUGGACUUUUUUGCACUUAUUACGUCACUAACACCUAUGACGAAACAAUAAACUAAUUUAUUUCAUAAGGC